AUGUCAAGCAGCCGCUACAUUACACAGUGGGUGCUGUAUUGCCUGAACAGUAUAGAAGACAAGAAGAAUGCUUUCGAUAUGGUGGGAAUCGAUGGCAUGAGCCCACUUCAUCUGGCAACAAAAAGCGGUAAUCUUGAGUUAAUAGGAACCAUCAUCGAUGACUGUAGGCGCAGGCCAACUGGACUGGACGUUUGGGGGCGGACAGCAACUCAUCUGUCCAUGAGUUAUGGUCACAGAGAUAUUACAACCAAGUUCUUGGAGAAGAGUCCGUUAACUGAUGCAGUAGAUGAGAUGGGUAUGACGCCAUUGAAGUAUCUCCUUGAGAACAAUGAACAGCUGCUUGAUACAGAUACCCAGAUUCGAUAUAUUUCUGAGAUAUAUGAUCAGGCAAGAGAAGAUAUGGUUGCUGUCAUUCCAGAGAUAUUGAACAGCAUGAACGAGGCGCUAGUUGAAACUAUCCCAAAGAUGAUAGAGGUCUCAGCAGAUUCACAUGAUUCAACCACGUACAUGAAGUGGGUCCAGCGGGCUUUCGACACGGCAAUUUGGAAGAAAAUGAAGCAUCCGUAUCACAAGGCUGCUCGAAUUGCAAGCUUGGAUGCAAUCCAUAAACUCAAGAGCGAGUCUAACAUCUCCAUGGACCUUGAUGAAGACGGCUGGUCCUGCAUUGACUAUGCUGAGACGUAUCGCAUGUCCAAGUUAGAAGACGACAUCUCAAGCUCAUUGCAAGAUCCCGACAAGCACCGCUAUCAAGUACCCAGAUCACUUGACCUUUGGCCAGAAGUUUCCAGUCUUAUUACUGUCAGCUCAUGCAGUAAAGCUGCUCAUACAUCAUGCCUGGGAUUUCAUUGUGAGUCUAGCAUCAACCUUUCCACCGUCUUACUGAGAAUGUUGGUCAGCUCUACGGGUCCAUAA